AUGGCCUCCGUCGUCGCGCAGGACACCGCCGAACUGCGUCUGACGCUUCCGGUCGAAAGAGCGUCUACGUCUCCCUUCCCCUCACCAGGUUCGCCCUUCUACCCCCCGCCGCGCCUCGGUGCACACGAGUUCGCAUCGCGCCCAUCGUCCUCCAGGAGUAGCAACGGGACCCGCGACAGCUCGGACAACAAAGACAAGAUGCCACUCACCGAUGGUGCUAUUACACCUACGGGUACGGUAGCCUCCAGCCCAUCGCUUUCCGUAACCCUCAAUGCCGCAUCACCCACCACACCUACCCCAGGUUCCGCCUUCCAAGUCAAGACGCCCACGACGCAGAUCACCAUGCCUGAACCACCCUCAAACUCAGAGACACCCGUCUCGCUGAACGCGGCCGCAGCCGCUCUCACGAACAGCUCGAAUCGUGACUCGCUCACCUCCUCCCGCCCCGCGCCUCCUAGUCCCGCCGUCUCACGACGAGCUUCCGCAGCGCUAUCACGCCAUUCUUCCACCGCCCGCUCGCGCCGCCAGUCCAAGGGAUCCUUCCUCCAAGCAUCUCACGAACCUGAGCCAUCCACAUCCUCCACGAACACCGUGACCCCCACGCCAUCCUCACUGCCCCGUCCCCACUCGCUCCUGUUCAAGAUUCGUGACUUCGCGUUCCCGCCCUCGGAUGACCGGCACACGGGCAGGGGCCCGGAUGCCCCGCGCCCGAACCGGCCGCGGAAACGCUGGUCUACCUACUCGACCAUGUCCCAGUCGUCCGUCGACUCGUCGCGUGCGGACGACGAAGAGGACGCCGGCCAGGGGGAGUGGGGCAAGUUCCCGUGGAACACCCUGAGCAGCCGGUUCUCGUGGGGCCAGCAGGAAGGCGGGGCCAGCCGACCGUCGCAGUCGGACCUCGAUAACAACUUCAACGUGUCCUCCCCGACGGAGGAGCAGGACGACCCGUAUGGCGACGAGUACGAUGAGGGCGAGUACGAGUACGAGGACGCACAGGGCGGGGAGGAAGCCCUCGUUCCCGGGCUGUACCGCGCGUUGUACGCGUUCGAGCCAGAGGGUACGGCGGAGAUGGCGCUCGAGGAGGAGCAGAUCGUGCACGUGGUUGGGCGCGGUGGGGGCGUCGGCUGGGCGGUUGUCGAGCGAGAGGGUGGAGGGCACGCGCUUGUGCCCGAGAGCUAUCUCGAGCUCGUCGAGGCGGACUAG